AUGGCGGAGACGGCGAUCGCGGCGGUGCUCUCAAAGUUAGGAGGGCUCGCAGCGAGCGAGGCCAAGGUGCUGCUGGAGGUGGGAGACGACAUGCUGCUGCUGCGGGACCGGCUGGAGUGGCUGCAGGCCUUCCUCCGCGACGCCGACCACAAGCGGCGCACCGGCGCCGACCGGUUGACCUGCGUGUGGGUGCGUCAGACGCGCGACGUCGCCUUCGAAGCAGAGGACGCCCUCGACGAGUUCUUCCGCAAGGUUGACCUGGAAAGCAUGGGUUACCAACGCUGGAUUAAAUGGCUCAAAGAAUACUUGCUUGGCUGCUGGACCCAAAUCAUUCUCCGAUAUGAAUUGUCUGGUCGACUCAAAAAAAUUAAUAGCAGGCUCAAUCAAAUCUCGGACAACCAAAAGGAAUACAAGAUCGAGCAUACACCAUUAGCGACACUGACAUCUUCCACUACAGCCACUUCAGCAUGGCGGGAUGGUUAUAAGAACGCUGUGGGUCUUGAAAAAGAAGUGGAGACACUUAAGGAGAUGCUGCUUCAUAAAGGUCACCUUCAGCUAAUGUUCAUCUCCAUACUUGGGGAGAGCGGUGUGGGAAAGAAAACACUGUCACGUAUUCUCCUGCAUGAUAUGAAGAAUAAUAACCAUUUCGAGAUUCGAGUUUGGUACAACAUGCCGCCGGAUUCCACCACAGAACAUCUCCUCCAAACAAUCUACGAGAGAGCACGCCAAGCCAUUUCGCCAACACAAGGAGAUCAGCCGGUUCAGGUUCAGGAAGGCUCUUGCGAUGAUAUCACUGGCAUGCUCCGUCACCUGCUAGCCAAUAAGAAGUAUCUGCUGAUUAUCGUUGGGAUAUCCUCCAAGACCAUGCUCAACUGUGUGAGGGCAAGCCUACCAGAUGACAACAAUGGAAGUAGGGUAGUGCUCGUAUUGGAUAUCGAGAAUGAAGAGGUAGCAUGGCACGCUAAUGCCAUGAACAAGGGCAUCAGCGACGGAAUCCGCCACUUGAGCCGUUUGGAUAAGGAAAAGAGUGUGAAGUUGUUCUGUUCGAGGGCCGUCAGGACAAAUCUAUCAGAUGAAACUACUGGAAACAGCAUGAUGAGCAUGUACAGCGAAGUUGUGUACAAUAUAACUUGGGGCUACCCUCUGGCUAUAGUGGUUUUGGCCGGACUACUACGAUUCAAGGAGAAGCCAGGGCAAUGGACGGCAGUGCUGCAGCAGCUUAGGUCUGGACCAGCAAUGGAAGAAGCACAUCAGCAAGACAGCAAAGGCAAUCAGAUAACAGGACCUGCAAUGUUCCAGGAGGAUCGUAUUGAGGAGAAGAUGAGCCCCCCUACAACAGAAGCAGCCAACCUAUCCACAAGAACGUCGAUUGAGAGGGUCUUCUGGGCAAGCUUCGAAGACCUUCCCAACGACCUCAAGUCAUGCUUCCUCUACUUGGCUGCUUUCCCCAAGGACACCUUUCUGUCUACCGACAAUAUAGUGCGGAUGUGGAUGGCCGAGGGAUUCAUCAGGCCACAGAAGGGCAAGACAAUCGAGGAGCUGGGUCAUGACUAUUUCAAGGAGCUGGCCUUGAGAUGCCUCGUUCAGGUUUCAGCGAUGAACGAGGCUGGCGGCAUUAAGAAAGUCAUCGUUCACAGGAGGCUCCAUGGGUUCCUGCAUUCAGAGGCUCGUGAGGCAGGUUUCAUUGAUGCCCAUGACAUGCAUGACGUCUUUGUUCCACCAUCGGUGCGCCGCCUCUCCUUCAUGAGUUUUCAAGGUGGAUAUACCACGUUCACCAACAAGUUCUGUAAGUUGCGUUCUUUCAUAUGCUGGGCCAAGGAGAAAGAUCAUCGUCCAAGCAGCAAUGGCAGCGGCAGCGGAGGUGUGGACGAAGAGCAUUGGCAUGAUCUCAAGUUUCUGCAGGGUUCAGAUUUACUUCGUGUGAUCGAUGUAUGGGGACUAAGGAUCAAGGAGUUGCCGAAUGAGAUUGGCAACAAGAUCCAGUUGCGGUACCUUCGUGUAAACAGCGAGCACCUCAAGGAGCUCCCGUCCAGCAUUCAGAGGCUGCUCAACCUGCAGACACUGGAUAUAAGGGAUACUGAAGUCGAGGAGAUUCACCCGUCCUUCUGGAAGAUAAAGACGCUGCGGCAUGUGAUUGCAAAGAACCUCACGCUUCCAUCAUCCAUCAACGAAGAACUUGGCGAGCUGCAAACGCUACAUGGUGUAAAGCCCAGCAAAGGAGAAUGGGAUCAAGAUAACUGUCCACUGCUCAAGAUGGCCAAACUCCGGUCACUGGAGCUGCACGGAUUCAUUGACGCUAGACACGGUGCUGCGCUGAGCACUGCCCUCGGGCAGAUGCAUCUCCUUGGCCACUUGAAGCUGAAAGGCGAUGAGAUCUCUUCUUGUGUCUUCACUGGACAGCGCCUUCGAUAUCUUCAGACUGUAGAGCUGGAUGGCACUGUGCAAUGGCCGGCUGUUGAUGCGUUUAAUGGUCUUCGCUUCGUCCGUCCAAACCUAGUUCAGCUCAGCCUGACAAAUACAAAUGAUGCGCCGGAAGACAUCCAAGAGGGACUGAGAAAGGCAGGCUUUAUCCGCUCCCGCACGCCAUUCCAACCAGUGUAUCGGCUUUCAUACAAACAAGGUGCGGCAAAACUGGAGCAGCAAGGUGAAGCAAGCUCCAGCAAAAUGGAACAGCAGCACCAAGGUGAGGAAGCUGAAGAGUGA